AUGUCUCUCAACCUUACGGGCACGCCCACCGGUACUGGUACUGGUGGUGACACACUCAACACAGACCUUAACACACAGUUCGAUAUGGCCAACAUGGUGUGGGCAGCAACCUCUGCCGCACUUGUGUGGAUUAUGGUGCCAGGUAUUGGUCUGCUGUACUCUGGUUUGUCAAGAAAAAAACACGCUCUAUCGCUUUUAUGGGCGUCCAUUAUGACUGCGGGCGUGGUCUCCUUCCAAUGGUUUUGGUGGGGUUAUUCGCUAGUGUUUUCACAUAACACCAGAGGUAAUGGUUUCAUUGGUACUUUGGAAUUCUUUGGUUUCAAAGACGUGUUGGGUGCGCCAAGCGCUGUCAGCUCUUUGCCUGACAUUCUUUUUGCAUUUUUCCAGGGAAUGUUCGCCAUGGUUACCGGUAUUUUGAUGGUCGGUGGUGCGUGCGAGCGUGCUCGUUUGUUCCCCAUGAUGGUGUUUUUGUUCCUAUGGAUCACCAUCGUGUACUGUCCUAUCGCAUGCUGGACCUGGAAUGGUGAGGGUUGGCUAGCCGUCCUUGGCUCCCUUGACUAUGCUGGUGGUGGUCCCGUCCACAUCAGCUCCGGUCAUGGUGCGUUGAUCUACGCUUUGAUCCUAGGUAAGAGAAACGACCCAGUUGCCAAGAGCGGUACUCCUAAGUACAAGCCUCACUCCGUUACAUCUGUUGUGUUGGGGACUGUGUUCUUGUGGUUUGGCUGGUUCGGUUUCAACGGUGGUUCCGCCGGUAACGCUACCAUCAGAGCUUGGGUUUCCUGUGUUUCCACCAACUUGGCUGCCGCCUGUGCUGCUUUGACGUGGAUGUUUAUCGACUACUUCAGAUUUGGCCGCAAGUGGACUACAGUCGGUUUGUGUUCUGGUGCCAUUGCUGGUUUGGUUGGUAUUACCCCAGCUGCUGGUUUCGUCCCAGUUUGGGCUGCCGUUAUCAUUGGUAUCGUCACCGGUGCAGGUUGCAACUUUGCAGUUGACUUGAAAUCGCUACUACAUAUCGAUGACGGUUUGGAUGUCUAUGCUUUACAUGGUGUUGGUGGUGCCAUUGGUUCCGUGCUAACCGGUAUUUUCGCUGCUGACUACAUCAACGACUCUGCCGGUUCCUACGCUGCCCCAAUUGACGGUGGUUGGAUCAACCAUCACUACAAGCAGGUUGGUUACCAACUAGCUGCCAUCUGUGCUACUGUUGCAUGGACUUGUGUUGUCACUGCUAUCUUGUUAUUGAUCUUGGACAGAAUUCCAUUCUUGAGAUUGAGAUUGAGACCAGAAGAAGAAGAGUUGGGUACCGAUGGUGCACAAAUCGGUGAAUUCACUUAUGAAGACGACGAAAUGUACAUUCCAGAGCCAGUGAGAUCUAAGGCUUCUGCCCAAGUCCCACACCCUGGCGAAGCUAUCGAUGAUAAAAUUGGUGCUGGAAGCAACAGCGAUGAAGGCACCAGCUCCGACCAACCUGAAAACCCUGAGAAAGUGACUGUUUAA